AUGGCAGCCUGUUUCUCUCAAGAGAAAUUCAAUGUCACUUCCUACGAUGCCAUGGCUUUUGCCAUCAUCACACUUCAGACGCUUGCUGGCUUGUGGAUAAACGGCUUCAUUGUUUGUGUGCUGUGUGUCACUUGGGUGAAGAAGAAGGUUUUUAACUCAAAUGAGAAGAUCCUGAUGUUUCUGGGAUGCUCCUGCUUCUGGGAUUUGUGCACCACAUGGGUGUUUUCGAUUGUUUCAGUGACUUAUCCCCAGUGCUUACUUGUUAACCCCAUGCCCCAAAUCGUUGCAGCUAUCCUCAGCUUUUUUUAUACUUCCAAUACGUGGGCUUCUGUCUCUCUUUGUGUCUUUUAUUGUGUCAAAAUUGCAAAUUUCCAGCACACCUUCUUCAUCUACCUGAAGAGAAAAAUUGACAGGAUUGUACCUUGGCUGUUCUUGGUUUCAGUGCUUUUUGCACUGAUUACAGGAAUCCUUGCUUAUGACAUAAGCUACAGAGCAGUCUUUCCGAACCUGAAUUCUACUGCCCCGAUGUAUUUGUGGAAUAUUCGCAUUAUGAUGGAUGAGCACACGUUUGCCCUGUUUUGUAUCACUGGGUUCCUAUCAACCACUUCAUUCCUGACAGCCAUCAUUUCUGCUCUUCUCCUCCUCUUUUCUCUCUGGAAACACAAAUGCAGGAUGCAGGCAAGCUCAGUGAGGAACAUCACCAUGGAUGCUCAUACUAAAGCCAUGAAAUCUAUACUGUCCUUUGCCUUCAUUUACAGCAUUCACUUUACAGGAUAUGUCUUGUCAAUAAUUAAUGCUAACAAGACACAAUAUGCUUUGAUAUUUCUUAGUUUAAUAUUUCAGUAUGUUCUCCCAAUUGUUCAUUCCCUUAUUCUGAUUUUGAUCAAUCCAAAACUGGAAAAGACAUUUAUAAGGACACUCUCCUGUUUCAGGUGGGAGCUCUGCAAGGAGUAG